GUCGGACCUGCACAAUUUGCUGAAGCAACUGCCUUGGUUCUAUGUGGCCUUUAAGUAGCUCGAACUGCAUCAUGCCUUUCUCUGCAAGAUCGGCUCAAACCUGUUCAACACCCACAUUUACCGAAACCGAACUCUUUGGCAAGAUGCUUCGCAUCGCCUCUCUUGCUUUAGGAUUGGCCUUGUCCAGAGGUCAAGACGACUGCGCCCACGGUGAUGGAAAUGCUCUUCUCCAGUCAAGACGUGGAAAUUCAUCUCUGGCUUUGUUGUCUCCAGAGGAUCCUCCCAAUGAUUACUCUUUUGAAGAGUACAUGAAGCAGUUCCAGAAGUCCUACCCUGACAAGGAGGAGCUCCAGAAGCGCAAGCAGGCCUUUGAGACCUCUUUGAAAGAGGUGCGCGAACACAAUGCCGGGAAGUUCAGUUGGAAGCUGGGGAUCAAUGAAUUCUCUGACUACUUUCCGCAGGAGCUGAAAGCAAUGAGGGGAUUGAGGAAGGACCGCACCAAGACUGGGACAGAGGCCAUGAAGGAAAAGGACACGGCCAGCAAGGGCCCUGUCAUGAUCCCGGAUUCCUUUGACUGGCGUGAGAAGGGUGAGUACGUGACUCCAGCAAAGAACCAGGGCCACUGUGGCUCCUGUUGGGCUUUCGCGGCGACAGCUGUUAUCGAGAGCCAUGCUGCGAUCCGUACGGGUAUUUUGGCUGAAUUGGGACCGCAGAUGAUGGUCUCUUGCGCCCCAAAUCCUCGAGCAUGCGGUGGCACUGGCGGCUGUGAGGGUGCCACUGCACAGAUCGGCUUCGGCUUCGUCAUGAACAACGCCUUGACCUACGAAGAGACAGUGAGCUACUCAUCUUUCUGGGGGAGCUCUGGUGAGUGCACGGACACGAUGAAACUCCACUACCAACAUUAUCCCGUGGUUUCGGUUCAGAACUACGUCAGCAAUCCAACCAACCAGUUGGGUCCUCUGAUGGAAGCCUUGGUGACAGCAGGGCCACAGGCCAUUUCAGUAGAUGCAAGCGGCUGGAGCCCUUAUGUGAAUGGCAUUGCGGACUUUUGCCCCACGGACCGCAACAUCGAUAUUGACCACGCGGUGGUUCUCAUGGGCUAUGGUGAAGAGAAUGGCGUUAAGUACUGGACCAUCCGCAAUUCUUGGGGUACCUUGUGGGGCGAAGAUGGCUAUAUCCGCCUCAUUAGGCACGAAAAGGAGCAGACUCAUUGUGGGUAUGACAGGACGCCAAUGGAUGGAAGCGCCUGUGCAGAUGAGCAUGUCACCGAACAAUACGUUUGUGGCACCUGCGGAAUUCUUUUCGACACCUCCUAUCCAACAGGAGCCCAUUUUGUGGGCGUCGGCUCUGGAGACGUCAACCGCUAGGCUUCCCCAUUGUUUUCCAGACUUUCAAUCCGCACUGAUCCUACUUACUCGGAC